CGCGUCCACGUCCACCAUACGCCCGCGCCAAGCCAGAAGCCGCCGCCAUGACGAAGGACCAGAGUGGAACCUGGGAGAUGGAGAGCAAUGAAAACUUUGAAGGCUACAUGAAGGCCUUGGAUAUUGAUUUUGCCACCCGCAAGAUCGCAGUGCGCCUGAGUCAGACCAAGAUCAUCACUCAAGACGGUGAUAACUUCAAAACGAAAACCAACAGCACCUUCCGCAAUUAUGACCUGGAUUUCACUGUUGGGGUGGAAUUUGAUGAACACACGAAAGGCCUGGAUGGCAGGAAUGUCAAGACACUGGUCACCUGGGAUGGUAAUGUCCUUGUAUGCGUGCAGAAGGGAGAGAAGGAGAACCGUGGCUGGAAACAGUGGGUUGAGGGAGACAAGCUGUACCUGGAGCUGACCUGUGGUGAUCAGUUGUGCCGGCAAGUGUUCAAGAGGAAGUGAUGGCCACGUGGGAGGUCUGCCAGACAUGCAGAGUUCCCGGCUGGCCGUGGGAAGCAGUGUGGAGACCGAAUUACUUCUGACAGAGCCCCCUUAAGUCACCUGCAUGGUUUUAAACAUAAUGAGCAUGUACCAGGCAUCUUCUUUUUUCCCUUGGAACCUGGCA